GUUUUCAAACUUGGAGAAAGCUGCUUGUUCUGGUUUUCAAUUAUUGCAUUCUUCAUGUUUCUUGAACCUCAUGAUCUUAGUGAGCUCUCCUUGUUGGUGACAGAAGCAUACAUGGCCGCCCAUCGGAAAAGCGUUCAGAAGGUGGCAAUAGUUGAUGUUGUCGCGUUCGGAGGUGGUUUUGUUUGGCGAUUCCCUCACGCAAGGCUCGUUUCGUGACGGCAGAUGGGGCGCCGCUCUCUCCCACCACCUAUCUCCUUCGGCGGAUGUGUUGGCUCGAGGUUACAGCGGCUACAACACGCGGCAGGCGCUGAUGGUGAUCCAUCGGGCCAUGGAAGGCGUCGAUUCGCCAGCCGCCUUUACCGUCUUCUUCGGCGCGAACGAUGCGGCUCUCCCCGAUCGGAGCGCAGCUUCCGUGCACGUGCCCCUCUUUGAGUACACCAAUAACCUGCGUGCCAUCUGCGCCUUCAUUAAGGCAAAAUGGCCUUCGACUUUGGUGAUUCUUAUCACACCGCCGCCGAUCGACGAAGAAGGUCGUCUCCGAUUCCCUUACGGAAACAGAUCAGGAUUACCGGAAAGAACCAACUUGGCCGCGGGAACUUACGCAGGAGCGUGCAUUUACGUCGCCAAACAACUCGGUCUCCCCGUCAUCGACAUAUGGACGAAGAUGCAACAAUUUUCAAACUGGGAGAAGACAUUUCUGUGGGACGGAUUGCACUUCACCGAUCUUGGAAACCAUUUUCUGUUUCAGGAGGUGGUCAAGGCACUCAGGGACCAUGGAGUUGUUGAUUAUUGACUUACUUUGGUUAACUCAUUUUUAUAUUUUGAGACUUGUAUUAUUCAUCCGUAGAUUGUGUUGAUCGAAGAUCAAGUGUAUAUAUAUUACAAAAGUGAUGAACGGUAAUUGCUACAAUGCAUUGUUAUCAAUGUUAAUCAAAAUUGAAGUGCUAAUGCAUUCAUCUCUUGUCAA